AUGAAAGGACUUCUGCUGCUCGCCCUGUCUACUCUGGUCUGCUGGGUCUCAGCUGACAUCCACUGUCACUCCUGCUACAAGAUCCCCUUGAUAGGCUGUGUGGACCGGCAGUCCUGUCACCUGGAGCCAAACCAGCAAUGCAUGACAACAAAAGUGUACCUUGGUAAAAUGUGGCUUUACUCCAACCUGCGCUGUGGCACACCGCAAGAGCCCUGUCAUGCGGCCUUCAACCAAACCAACCACAAGCUGGGCCUGACCUAUAACACCACCUGCUGCAGAACGGACAACUGCAACAACCCAGCCCCCCGGCCCACCCCGGCCCUGGCGCUCAUCUUCCUCACCUCCCUGGCUGGCCUUGGCCUCUGGCUGCUGCACUGA